AUGGCAGACUACCUGAUCAGCGGUGGCACCCGCUACGUGCCCGAGGACCGGCUCACCGCACAGCAGCUCUUUGCCAGCGCCCACAGCCUCACCUACAAUGACUUCCUGAUUCUCCCAGGAUUCAUAGACUUCAUAACUGAUAAGGUGGACCUGAGCUCAGCCCUGACCUGGAAGAUCAUGCUGAAGAUGCCACUCAACUCCUCCCCCAUGGACCCUGUGACAGAGGCUGACAUGGCCAUCCCGAUGGCUCUGAUGGGAGGUAUUAGUUUCAUUCACCACAACUGCACCCCGGAGUUCCAGGCCAAGGAGGUGCGAAAGAUCAAAAAGUUUGAACAGGGCUUCAUCGUGGACCCCGUGGUGCUGAGCCCCUCGGAUGCUGUGGGUGAUGUGCUGGAGGCCAAGGUGUGGCAUGGCUUCUCUGGCAUCCCCAUCACUGAGACGGGCACCAUGGGCAGCAAGCUGGUGGGCAUCGUCACCUUCCGAGACGUCGACAUUCUUGCAGAGAAGGACCACACCACCCUCCUCAGUGAGGUGAUGACACCAAGGACUGAGCUGGUGGUGGCUCCAGCAGGUGUGAUGUUGAAAGAGGCAAAUGAGAUCCUGCAGUGUAGCAAGAAAGGGAGGCUGCCUGUCGUCAGUGAUCGUGAUGAGCUGGUGGCCAUCAUCGCCCGCAAAAACCUGAAGAAGAACCGAGACUACCCUGUGGCCUCCAAGGAGUCCCAUGAGCAGCCGCGAUGCGGGGCAGCUGUGGGCACCCAUGAGGAUGACAAAUACCGCCUGGACCUGCUCACCCAGGUGGGCGUCAACGUCACAGUCUUGGACCCUUCCCAAGGGAGCUCAGUGUAUCAGAUCACCAUGGUGCAUUACAUCAAACAGAAGUACUCCCACCUCCAGGUGACUGGGGGAAACAUGGUGACAGCAGCCCAGGCCACGAACCUGAUUGACGCUGGUAUGGAAGGGCUUGGCGUGGGCAUGGGCUGCAGCUCCAUCUGCAUCACCCAGGGUGUGAUGGCCUGCGGUCAGCCCCAGGGCACUGCUGUGUACAAGUAGGCCGAGUAUGACUGGCGCUUUGGUGCGCCUGUAAUAGCCGAUGGCAGCAUCCAGACCGUGGGGCACAUGCUCAAGGCCCUGGCCCAUGAAGCCUCCACAGUGAUGAUGGGCUCCCUGCUGGCUGCCACCACGGAGGUCCCCAGUGAGUACUUCUUCUCAGAUGGGGUGUGGCUCAAGAAGUACCAGGGCAUGGACUCACUGGAUGCCAUGGAGAAGAGCAGCAGCAGCCAGAAACAAUACUUCAUCGAGGGGGAUAAGGUGAAGAUUGCGCAGGGUAUCUCCAGCUCCAUCCAGGACAAAGGGUCCAUUCAGAAGUUCGUGCCCUACCUCAUAGCAGGCAUCCAGCAUGGCUGCCAGGAUACUGGGGCCCAGCUGUCUGUCCUUUGGUCCAUGAUGUACUCAGGAGAGCUCAAGUUUGAGAAGCGGACUAUGUUGGCCCAGAUGGAGGGUGGCGUGCAAGGCCUGUACUCUUACGAGAAGCGGCUGUACUGA